AAAGAGCAGACAAAGGCUUUGAGCUCAGGACGCCCCUCUCUGCCUCUCACUCUGCCCACAAAGCCAGCAUAAACUCCCAUCUUUUCCGCUUUCCUCUCCCCCCUCCACUCUGUCAUGGAGCUGCCCCGUAACCAGCGGCGCUAAGACUCCCGCUUCGGCGCUUUACUUCCUCCUUCUGAAAUGUACGACCGUCUGGAUCCCCGCUCGGCCGCCGGAGGAAGGCUUUCUGUGGGUAAAAUACGAGGAAGCGUCGUCUGAGAGAAGAGGGAGAGAGGGGGGACGGAUUGACGCUUUUUCCUCCUCUCCUUCCCGUCGCCCCCUUUUUUCCCCCGGCUCCUUUAUUUUUGGCGGAUAGCCGAGGGUUCAAGCCGGAAUUAACGUUUUUCUGUCCGUUUUGCUUUAAAAAUAUCCAUUUGAAUCCUGCUGCGCAAUCAGAGCGGAUCACGUGGCACCAGAGAGAGUUGGAUCGAUUUUGCACAGUUUGGAUUGAAAGUAGGAGUUAAAAAAAACCCCAACAAAAAACAAGAGUAGCACCAGACUCAUCUUUUUCUACUUUUUUGGGGGGGAGUAACUGGGACUGCUGUUACUUUUGCAUCAUUCCAAGUCCAGAAGGUGUUGUUUUUUUUUCAGCCUUGGAGGUCAGGGGUAUUGCUUCUUAUAUGCCUGGGUUUUGAAAAACAAUGGAGACGCACAUUUCGUGCCUCUUCCCAGAAAUUUUGGCCAUGAUCUUCAGCUACCUGGAUGUGAGGGACAAAGGCAGGGUGGCCCAAGUAUGCAUCGCUUGGAGGGACGCAUCCUACCACAAGUCAGUGUGGAGGGGGGUAGAAGCCAAGCUGCAUCUCCGCAGAGCAAAUCCCUCCUUGUUCCCAAGCCUCCAAGCCAGGGGGAUCCGGAGAGUCCAGAUCCUGUCCCUGCGCCGCAGCCUCAGCUAUGUCAUCCAGGGGAUGCCCAACAUAGAGUCCCUCAACCUGUCUGGCUGCUACAACUUAACAGAUAAUGGGCUGGGACAUGCAUUUGUCCAGGAGAUCCCGUCACUUAGGGUUCUGAACCUAAGUCUCUGCAAGCAGAUAACAGACUCCAGUCUGGGUCGGAUCGCCCAGUAUCUAAAGAACCUGGAGGUGCUGGAGCUCGGUGGCUGCAGCAACAUCACAAACACCGGGCUUCUGUUGAUAGCCUGGGGCCUCCACAGACUAAAGAGCCUCAAUCUGAGGUCCUGCAGGCAUGUCUCAGAUGUGGGGAUUGGACAUUUGGCGGGCAUGACCCGAAGUGCAGCGGAGGGCUGCUUAAGCCUGGAGUACCUCACCCUCCAAGACUGUCAGAAGCUGACAGACCUGUCACUCAAACACAUCUCCAAGGGGCUGACCAAGCUGCGGGUGCUGAAUUUAAGCUUCUGUGGGGGGAUCUCGGACGCCGGGAUGAUCCACCUGUCCCACAUGACCUCCCUCUGGAGCCUCAAUCUGCGCUCCUGCGACAACAUCAGCGACACGGGAACUAUGCACCUUGCCAUGGGCACCCUUAGACUCUCCGGGCUGGAUGUCUCCUUCUGUGACAAGAUCGGGGACCAGACUCUGGCAUACAUAGCUCAGGGACUGUACCAGCUCAAGUCCCUGUCCCUGUGCUCCUGUCACAUCUCAGACGACGGGAUAAACCGGAUGGUGAGGCAGAUGCACGAACUGAGGACCCUGAACAUUGGUCAGUGCGUGCGCAUCACAGACAAAGGGCUGGAGCUCAUAGCUGACCACCUGACCCAGUUGGUGGGCAUUGACCUGUAUGGAUGUACCAAGAUCACCAAGAGGGGACUGGAGCGAAUCACGCAGCUCCCCUGCCUUAAAGUGUUGAACCUGGGACUCUGGCAGAUGACAGAAAGUGAGAAAGUCAGGUGAUUAGGAGUGUUUUGGUGUGUGCGUGCGCGUGUUUGGGUUUUAUUUUUGGGUGGAUAGGGGUCACCAGGAGCAGGAGUCGGGUUGAAUAGCAGAGGUGAUUUUCUUUUAUUAAAAAAAAAAAAAGGAAACCCCUCCCUGAAAGCUCCUGUGGAAGGUGAGCCUCUUCCGUUAGACCAGAUCAUUCUUUCUUUUCAGCUUUUUAACUUUCCAUUCUGUUUGCCCACAUCUUAAAUAUAAAACUUAAUAUCUUCCAAGUAGAAAUCACUUAAAAGGUUGUUUUGAGAUGUUAACUAAUUAGAGUUACAAUAUCCCAAGAAAUCUGACCUGAGCUGCAGCAGCUUAAGUUGUAAUAUUUAAUUUUCUCAUCAAAUUUUAAAUUAUUUACAUCCAUACAUCAAAAAUCUUUUUUUAAUAUUCAAAGCGAAGAAAGGUUGUCCAAACUUAGAUUUAUUUUUGCUACGAGUCCAGAUUUGACGACUAAUUUCCGCUACAGCCAUCACGCCUAAUAAACGUUUGGCUACCUCGUAUGUGGUUGCUUUUCAAAAGGAUGUAUACAGAAGAAGACAGAGGAAAGCUGAGAAACGAGAGACUGGUAGAAAAUGUGCCUAAAGGGACUGGAGCUGCCCCCUCCCCCAUUCCUCCCUCCCUCCCUCCCUCCCUUCUUCCAUGAGAAGAGCCAGUGAAAGGAGACCAGUACGCAAUCUGACUACCUUUGUUAAUUUAACCCUAUAAACAGCUCCUGUUUUCUGUGGAGUUCAGUCCAAAUUUGCUUCACGAAAAAAAUUCCCCAAAUCAUACAUGGAGCAAAAAGGUUUCUUAUUGUGUGUUUGUUUCAUUCUUUCAAGGAUAAAGUCCAACUUUAAUGUCCUUUUUGGCAGGAUUAUGAGCAUACCUCCCCCUGGCAAAAAUACCUAUAAUUGUUUAAUAUAAAUAGGCAUGGGCCGGUAUAAGAUUCUAGUACAUUUAAAAACAAAUACGAGACACUUCUUUAAAUAAAAAAAGUACAGCAACAAAUAUCCGUAUUAUAUUAAAAUCAUACAACUAUGAACGACAUGUAUAGAUGUAGAGCAAACAGAUGUACUGAUCAGAGAAAGAAAUUGGCAGAUUUCUACUCGAUCCUUGGAUUAAAUAUAGAAUAUAAAUAAAAAAGAAACUAAGAACUUGAUGCUUCAAUAAAAGUAUUUGUACUUUAAUCGACUUUAGUUAUUUAAAAUUUGCAUCAAUGUUGGGGACCUUACCAAGCUUUAGUUGGUAAAAAAUAUUUGAUGAUUUUUAUUUUAUUUCAGUCUUUAAAUAAAAUAAUUGGCAGGUUAGGCCACAAAUUUCAAUGAUGAGAGAUCAGAAUUUGCGAAUAAAAGCCUGAUCGUCUCAUCAUUUAGAGAAACCUACUAAUAGUCAGCACCAUAGAUGGCGCUAGUAGAGUUUCUACACCAUGACAGGGUUUGUUUGUAACUACAAAUAUUCCUCAAUGGUCAUUUUAUAAUUAUUUUAAAGUCAAAGUAAAUAGUAGGACGUGAAAACUGUAAUUGGCAGGUCAAGCCUUUAACCUAAUCAGAGUUCAGUAUCGUCCUGUAGAAACUUUAAUCAGUGCAUCCGAUAAAAGGUUUUUUUCAUGGCUGUUGAUUAUUUAUAGCUUCAUUGCCAUUAAAAGGCAGUUUAUUUCCCAAAAGAAAAAUGUGUCCUACAAAGAGAAAUUUAUGUGUUUUUUCAGCCAGCUGAUGGGCAGUCUGCAUUAAAAGGUGAUGCAGGGACGGUGUUGCAUUACUGUGUGCGCUAUUUGGCCAAAUGUUUUUAAAAUUGGGGGG